AGUUUCGGUUUUCUCUAGUCUCUACCUCUAGGCGAAUAACUUGCGCUUCUCUCUCUUCUCUUUCCCGUCUCCCUGUGCGGUCUCUGGAAUUCGCACCAGGGGUUGGUUCAAGAGGAGCCGAUCUCAUGUACUUGUUGGCGGAUCUUAGGUACAAUCAAGGUCCCAAUGGCCGCACUUGAAAACAAAGUAACUUUGCAAAGGAGCUCGGAGGCAUCCUUUAAAUGCUUCCAGACCCAUGGAUUUCAUCAGAAUGUGCAAUCUAACAUGAAUGUGGCAACAGUUGCCUCUGGUCUCAAAGAUGAAUUCUGUUCUCACCCUGGUGAAGUGGUAGACCGUGCUCAGCAGAUAAGCAAUGGGUUUUUGGAACAUGCAAAUAAAUUUUACAGUAAACCAACCCUUGUGCAUGAUUCUGGUAGCUGGUCAUCCUUCUAUCCCGAACCUCCUAAGAUGCCACAGUACCAGAUGGAUGCCUAUGGGAACCAGUGCUUUCCUGUCACAAUAGAACCGCAACUUCAGUAUGUGCCGUACAAUGUGUGCGCUCAAGGUCACCCCUACAAUAUCCAAUAUCAAGACUUUCAGUACUUUGUGGUGAUAGAUUUUGAGGCUACGUGUGACAAGGAAAGAAACCCUCACCCGCAAGAGAUAAUAGAGUUUCCAUCUGUGAUCGUGAACAGUGUGACUGGUCAGUUAGAAGCAUGUUUCCAAACAUAUGUCAGGCCUACUUGCAAUCAACUUCUGAGCAACUUCUGCAAGGAUUUAACAGGAAUUCAGCAGGUUCAGGUUGAUAGAGGUGUCACCUUGAGUGAGGCUCUUCUCCGACAUGACAAGUGGCUUGAGAAGAAAGGAAUAAAGAACGCCAAUUUCGUGGUGGUAACAUGGUCGAACUGGGAUUGUCGGGUGAUGCUGGAGUCAGAAUGUCGAUUCAAGAAAAUAAGAAAGCCACCCUACUUUAACAGAUGGAUCAACUUGAAAGUUCCAUUCCGUGAGGUGUUUGGUGGUGUGAACUGCAACCUUAGGGAAGCAGUUGAGAUGGCUGGCUUAGUCUGGCAGGGACGUGCUCAUUCCGGCUUGGAUGAUGCCAAAAACACCGCUCGUUUGCUUUCCCUCCUCAUGAGCCGUGGUUUCAAAUUCUCCAUCACAAACUCGCUGAUGUGGCACACUGCUGAAGUCACACUCGGGUUCAAUGAUUUACCCGAGAAUGUGCCUCCUCCUGUUUACUACAACCCUAAGCCGAAGGUAGUCCAGCCCCUUUUCCUCCAGUCCCAUCCUUUCUGCUACUGCGGGGUAGGGAGCAGCAGAGGAACAGUGAGGAAACCCGGGCCGAAGCAAGGGAGUGUUUUCUUUGGCUGUGGAAACUGGACUGCAACCAGAGGUGCUCGGUGCCAUUACUUCGAGUGGGCAUCUGCCUGAUUUUGCCCUAGAGUCUGUCGUCUUUGCUACUAUCUAACUUUAUUGGUAUGUGGAGAUGAGAGUUGAAAGGGUUCAGUGGGGAAGGGAAAGUUGAUAGGGUUUUGGCAGGAAAGAAACAAGAAUGUAAGAUGUCGGAAGGGGUAACUGAGGAAUGUGUAGGUAGGAUGACUGUCUUUAACUUCCUCUGAGACAAUGCUCUGUUUUCCCCCCCUCAUGUUAUCAUAAAUAAUCUGACCUGAUGAAGGGGAGGCUUCCUGUUUUGGCAUC